AUGAAGCCCUUCUUUAAGGCGCUUGCUGGCCCAGAUGUAGCCGUCUCAUCGCGAUCUUACGAGAUGGGCAUUUUCUGCGUUUUCGUAGCGUUUUCCCCUGCUGGGAGUGUAAGAUUUGAACGAAUGGAAAACGCAACCCUGCACUACGUGCUACAGCUCGCUUGGAGCUUGCUAGUUUGGAAGUGGGAAGACAGGAUGCCUCCCCAGACCGCACAUUUAUGA